UACUGCCACAAUACUAUCUUUAAUAUUUGUAGACUUAUCGUCCCAAGUCUGUUUGAACAUGUUUUGUUUAUAAGUUGUGGCAAGUUUGUUUAUGACAUGCUCUGUUGAUCCCCUGAAAUCUUUUUCAGAAUAUUUUUGCACCAAUACCUCCAAGAUGGCUGCAUCACCGCUAGCAGCGCAAGACACCAAUGACAAAUGGGGUUUCGGUGAAGACCCAGAUAACAUGGGACCUAUGUCCAGCGCCGACCCCCUCGUCGACGACGCGCCUCUGGCAGCAGACGAAACGACUUCCGGGCAAAUGGCCAGCGGCUCUGGUCAUAAACGUACCUCCAGCGGUGACAACGGCGUUUCUGGCAGCAAAACCGACUCCGGUCGCGAAAAGUUAUCCAAGCCGAACAAAGUAUACAUUGGCGGUUUACCAGACCAUACACGCCAAGAGGACCUCCAAAGUUGUUUUGGAAAGAUCGGAAGGAUCACACACAUCGAGUUGAAAAUCGGAUAUGGUUUUGUCGAAUUCGACAGCCGCGAGGCUGCCGAAGAAAGUGUUGCCAAGUACAACGAAGGGUACUUUAUGGGCAACAAAAUACGAGUGGAACUUUCCCACGGUCGCGGGCGCGCUACUAGGCGCUCUGAUGAUCCCGGCGCUUGCUUCAGAUGCGGUGAAACUGGCCAUUGGGCCAGGGAAUGCCCUCGUUUACAAUCGCGUCCUCCUAGGGGUUCUUCUCACGAAGUGGGGUUGAUUGAACGAUUACCACCUAGGGAUUACUUACCUCCUAGAGAUUUUGGUCCCCCGGCGCGGUAUCCACCUCCACAGGAUGCGAGGUAUUAUGAUUAUCCGCCGCCACCUCCUAGCAGAGAUUUUCGACGUCCUGUCUCGCCUAUAAGGGAUCAGAGAGAUUUUCUUACGGGGCCGUCUCCACGUCCGCGCGAUUAUGAUGAUUAUAGAAUGAGGGGACCUCCGCCGCCACCUCCUGCCCGGUAUGAUCGCCCAUAUGACAGAGAUUUACCACCGAGAGGCUAUCCUCCACCAAGGGACUUUGAUCGGUAUGAAAGGCGUCCCCCACCAGAUGAUAGGUACCCUCCCACGAAUUCCAGGCCUAGGACACCUCCUGGUCCCCCUCCUCGCCGCGAUGACUACGAUAGACCACUCCGGGAUUACAUUCCUAGGCCACUUACACCGCCCUUACGCCAAUCGGACUACCCUCGUUCUCCUGAGCCGCCUCGCUAUCGUCGCCGCUCAUUGAGUCCUCCGCCCCGCUCUGCGCAUUACGAUGCCUACCCUGGCGGCAAUGGAUAUUCUGGCGACAGGUCUGGUCCUCCGAGGGACGACAAGCGUGUCAGAGACUACCCCCCUCGCCGUGACCCGGAAAUUGCCUAUAGGAGAGCCUAACAUUUUUUUUUCUUGCUCAGCAACUUCGUCUGUCGUUGAAAGUUAUCUAUAUCAUUUCUUGUUUUGUAUAUCUUCUAUAUGCUUACAUGUAGCU